AUGGGUGGUAUUAUCGAAAAGUUUGACAUGUUCGAUGGGACUUGGAGUUUGGCGGAUCAUUUACAGGCCGUCCGCUUCCUAACCUUUGAGCUUUUGGGCCUGACUCAUACGUGUUGCGAUGACGAGUGGGAUAUAUAUCACCAAGAUGAAGUUGAGCAAGACGAAGAGUCUAUGAUCGAGCUAUUUGAGGGGCUCGUGGAAGAGUUCAUGACUCAGGUGCGAGCGGUGCCCGCAGGAGCCUCGUACGUUGGCUUCUGGAGAUCUUGCUUCUUGGUACGGAUAGAUGAAGUUCUAGAGAGCUUGAACGGAAGCGACAUCUGUGAAAAGCAGAGGCGAGGAGCCGAGGCACUAGGUGUAGUGUGGAAGACUGGCCCAAAGAUGAAGCCUACGAGCGUGUACAUAGUGGAUGAGAAGCGCACAUGGGGAUACUGGUCCCGCAAGUUAGAGGAGAUUGAGUAA